AUGAGUCGGAAUCGGAAGUGGAGUCGGAGGCGACAUUGGAGGUGGCAGUGGAGGAGAUUUCGGAGGCGGAAAUGGAGUCGAAAUCGGACAGACGGAAAUGGAGGAGGAAUCGGAAGCAGAGGCGGGAGCGGAGACGCAGUCGGCAGCGGUUUCGGCGGAGGAUUCGGAAGUGGGUUUGGAGGAGGUUCAGGUGGAAGUUCUGUCGGAGGUCCAGACGGUGAAUUUAGAGGGGGCGAUGACGGAGAACGCAGUGGUGGGGAGAGUUUUGGUGGCGGUGGCAACUCUGGUUCUGGGGGCGCUUUCCGACCUCCCGGAGGCGCUGGCAGCGGCUCUGCGGGCGGCGGGGGCGGUGGAGCGGGACUCGGAUUCCGAGGGAGCCCUGGCGAAGAACGAGACGGCCUUCCUCCCGGAGUGUCCAUGGCGGACAUCAUGGCGCUUCUCUACAAGUUCAACUACACCGUCGGCUUCCACGGCCAUCACGAGAGAGGAUACGCGAACGGCGACAAGGAAGGCGGCUACUUCGUGAACGGGCGGGAUGGCAUCAGCCGCCGCGUGGAGUACGUCGCCAACGAAUUCGGCUACCAACCCAACAUCACCCUGCACGACCUGGGGCUCGACUCGCCCGACACGCCCCACGAGGACACGGAGCGCCAGCGCGGCCUCGAGGGCUACGAGUUCACGUGGUACCCGCCCGCGCGCGCCCCCUGA